CUUUUGGUUUUGUUGAGGAGAAUCGAUAUGGUGAACUCUGCGAGGUAUUUCGAAAUACAAGAGGAACGUAGGAACCUACCAGUAUGGGUACACAAAGACGAGUUUCUCCAAGCUCUGAAGGAAAAUCAGAUGGUGAUACUGGUGGGUGAUACGGGCAGUGGUAAGACAACGCAAAUCCCACAGUUCGUUUUAGAAGCUGUGGUCUAUGAAAACCCUAAUCCUGGUGGGACUGCGAGGUUGGUUGGGUGCACGCAGCCUCGUAGAGUUGCAGCGAUGUCUGCGGCCCGCCGAGUUGCUGAAGAGAUGGAUGCAGUGAUCGGUGAAGAAGUCGGUUACACAGUCCGUUUCGACGAUUGCAGCAGCUCCAAAACCGUGCUCAAGUACCUGACCGAUGGAAUGCUUCUGAGAGAAGCACUGGUGGAUCCGCUCUUAUCAAAAUACAAAGCCAUCAUUCUGGACGAGGCCCACGAAAGAAGUAUAGCCACGGAUUUGCUUUUUAGUAUUCUUGAAAAAGCCUUGACUAGCCGGCCUGCUCUUAAGCUGGUUGUGAUGAGUUCAACCCUAUACGCCCACGAGCUCAGCCACUAUUUUAGCGGUCAUAAUGUGCCUCUCAUCGAAGUCCCAGGUAGGCUCCAUCCAGUGGAGAUCGUUUAUACUCGAGAUCCUGUGACGGACUAUCUCGAGGCUGCUGUACGCAAAGUUAUCCAGAUUCACAUGUGUGAGCCACCUGGUGAUGUUCUUGUUUUCCUAACCGGGGAAGAAGAGAUUGAAGAUGCUUGCAGCAGGAUCUUCCAUAAGCUCGGAGAUCAAGUCAAAGUCGUGCCACUGUAUUCCUUCCUCCCGCCUGCCAUGCAACAGAGGGUUUUCGAUCCCACACCUCAUCCCGUGAGAAAGAUUGUCGUCUCCACCAACAUUGCAAAGACUUCUCUACCCAUCGACGGGAUUGUUUACGUCGUUGAAUGUUGA